CCAGCAUUUCCAACAGUUCCCGUACGAUGUGUGAGAAGGGGUCGGACUGUAGCGCGAAGUAUCAGGAGUGGGAAGCGAACGAGGAAAUUCAAAUCUUCCGCGAAUAUCUGCGCAUCCCAACGGUGCAUCCGAAUGUGAACUACGAUGAGUGUGUAGAGUUUCUGAAGCGUCAAGCGGCAGCGCUAGACCUUCCGGUGCGCGUCGUCGAGGUGAAUCCACGCAAACCGAUCGUCAUCAUUACGUGGGAGGGUACGGAUCCCCAGGAGAAGUCCAUCAUCCUGAACUCGCACAUGGAUGUGGUGCCGGUGUACGAGGCACACUGGACCCAUCCACCGUUCGCGGCGGAGAUGGAUCACGAGGGACGCAUCUAUGCUCGGGGCGCACAGGACAUGAAGUGUGUCGGGAUGCAGUUUCUAGGUGCGAUUCGCGCGUUGCGCCGUGACGGUGUCCGGUUGAAGCGUACGAUCCAUGCGACGUUCGUACCGGAUGAGGAAAUUGGUGGUAAGCUCGGCAUGAUGGAGUGGGUACACAAGGAAUCGUUCCGGGAGCUGAAUGCGGGCUUUUCCAUCGACGAGGGCAUUGCUGGGGAGGGAGAGACUUAUCCACUGUUCUACGGGGAGCGUAGUGUUUGGCAUGUGUAUUUCAACAUUUCUGGAACUCCGGGACAUGGAUCGUUGCUGUUGAAGGGUACGGCGGGACAGAAGGCACACUACAUCAUCGACAAGCUAAUGCGAUUCCGAGAGAAUGAGGUACAGCGGUUGGAAAACAAUCCAGAGUUUACGAUCGGCGAUGUGACGACGGUCAAUAUCACCAUCAUGAAGGGUGGCGUGCAGGAAAACGUUGUACCACCGGAGCUGUCGGUUUGCUUCGACAUUCGCCUAGCAGUCGAUGUAAACCACCUGGAGUUUGAGAACCAGCUGCUUGACUGGUGCCGUGAGGCGGGCGGCGGUAUUGAGCUAGAGUACGACCAAAAGUGCCCGUACGUGAAACCGACCAAGCUGGACAGCUCCAACAUCUACUGGGUGGCCUUCAAGGACGCACUGGAUGAGCUGGGCCUGAAGGUGAAGCCACAGAUCUUCCCGGGCGGUACGGAUAGCCGGUACAUUCGCGGCAUUGGCAUCCCUGCGAUCGGUUUCUCGCCGAUGAACAAUACCCCGGUGCUGCUGCACGAUCACGACGAGUUUUUGAAAGCGGACACAUUCCUGGACGGCAUCCGAAUCUACCGUAAGAUAAUCACUAACGUAGCGAACGCUUAGG